AUGGGAUUCAACCUCUUGAUUGACAGAAGUGGGAAACUGCUCAUGAAGAAGAAAGCGGUCUGCAAAAAGGAGGAUACUGAUGCCUCCGAUUCCGAUGCUUCUUCGGACGAGGAGUACCCAGUCUCGAGCCAGGUCGAGGUGGAUAGCCUUAGCACUUUGAGCACUUUGGAGAGUUUGGCUCGGAAGGCUCCUACAGCUCCUUUGGAAACCCCGCCCAAAGUGGAGAAGUUGGCCCAGCUGCAGAGCAUUAUUGCUGGUGUCAAGAAGUCUUCGGCAGCAGAGCAGGCAGAGCAGCCAAAGGAUCGUUUGGGAUCAAUCGUGGCCAAGCUGCAGGCUGGCCGGAGCCCGGUACUGGAGAGCCUCCAGAAUCUGACAAGGGAGCCGACACCCUUCCUUCCGAAGAAGCAGUACAAGAAUCAGGAUUUGGAUAGUGGUGAUGAGGACGAGGCUGCGGAGGAUGCCGCUAACGCUGCUUCUGGGAAAAGAAAGUGCAACCCUAAGAAGAGCAAGCGGAAAUCUAGCAAGCGGAAACCUAGCAAGCGUGGCAAAGGCAAGGGAAAGCAGGCCAGCUCGAGCAAGGAUGGAACCAAGAGCAAGAGCAAUAAGAGCAACGAGGGGAAUGAGGAGCCCGAUACCAAGUACAAGCCCGGUAGCUUCAGGGAGGAGCGCUUCAAGUUCAUUUACGAGAUGAUGGAGGAAAAGGGUAUUCCCUUCAAGGAGGAUUUCGACUUCGUCGAGCUGUUCUGUGGAGGUGCAGAAGUCAGCAGCAGUCUUCGGCGAGACGGCUUGGAUGGAGCUUCAAUGGAUAUUCUGGAUAAUCCCCGCCGGUAUGACCUGACUGGAGAGGUAGGCUUUGCUCUUGCCUUGAAUGCUAUGCUUCGUUUGCGACCUGGCGGUGUGGUCGUCGUUGGGCUUUGCUGUGAAAGCUUCAGUGUUAUGCGGAGCCGGGCGGUUUCCGGACGUUCCGUGUUUCAGCCUGAAGGAAACAAGGGUUACGAGUUUGUGGCUGCUGGGAACCUCCUCCUGGUUAAGGUUUACUCACCGGAGAACCGGAAGGCGCUUGCAGAUUCUUUCAAGCGUGAGAACGCCAAGAAGAAAGCUGCUAAGGAAGGGCGGUUCGACCUGUCAACCCCUUUGUUGGAUGAUGGGUCGUGCACUAUCACCUUAGGUUCCCUUAUGGAAUCUGAGAACCUCGACUAUGAUCAAGCUGUGGAGGUGAUGAUGAAGUUUCGUUCCGAGGCUGUGCAGGAGCCUGCAAAGGCCGAGGAAGAUGGUUGGCAGCUGCCAAAGCUGCCGAAGGUCAAGAAGCCUGCCGGCAAGUCAGCAUCUGAAAAGACUGCAUGUGUUACCCCGAGUAAAACUGCAGCCCCUGUGGAUGCUGAGCCUGCUUCAAGAAAGCGCAAGAGUGUAGAGGAGACGGAGGAGCAAGCCGAGAAUGCCACAGCUACUUUGGGAGAAGAGGGUGAAGAGGAAGGACUUGAGAAGGAUGAGGAGUUGGUUCCUGAGGGCACCAAGGGGCGCGAGGUGUACACAGAUGAGGAGAUUCGGGCUAUGAUCCAGGAGAUCGACGACCAAAUGGAGGAGCCUGAGGAGCAGGAGGAAGUGGAUGGAAGCGACAAGCCCAAGCCCGAGCCUGCAAAGCCUGCGGUGCACCAUCGGCAGCAGCAUGGCCCCAUGAUCGCCAGCCCACGGGACCCGAAGAGGUCGUGCCUCUCGUUGGAGCUCGGGGAGAAGCAGCUUGGUAUGGAGAACAAAGGACCUGAUUAUGACGACACUUUGGUGAAUGGGUCUUCGGUGACUGAACUGAUGGAGUUGGGGGCAUCGGCUUCCCAAGUCAGCAACAACAACGUCGAGCAUGUCUUGGCUUUGGUGAACCAAUUGCAGAAGCAGCUGCAAAUGCAGCAGCAUCGCGCGACCACGGAGGCCAAGGCCAAAGAAGAUAAGGCAGCCUUGGCAGCAAUCAAGGAUACUGAUCUUGAUGGGCUCGAUGGUGAGCCCUGUGAGGAUGAGGAGCCUUGUGAAGAUGAGCAUAGUGAGGCCCAGGCUGAUGCCGAGAUGGUGGAGUCUGUUGAAAGUGAUGUUUCUUCUCGUCGGGAAGCAAAGGCUGCGGCUCAGGCUAAGGAAGCUCAAAAGCCCGUGGCCACCCCGGUUCGGAGCUCUGAGCCUGUUGGGACUGCGGCCCUGCUUCAGAAGCUGCACUCUUCGAGAGCGUUAGGGGAGCAUGGUUCAGCUGGAUCGGCUUCCGGACCCCCGGCAGGACCUACGAAGGAAACCCCGGCCCCUGAUCAGGCAACCCCAGCCCCAGCUGCCGAUGAAGCCACGGUGAACAGUUCCACGCACAAACGAGAAUACAUGCGGCUUGUGCCUAGGCUGCAUUGA